CCACAGCCAGCACUUUGUUAUUGUGUGACAGAGGCAGUGCAGCAGGAGAGCCUCCUGUUUCUCUCAUUUUAAUGCAACGCAUUAAAAACCUGUGAUGUCAGACUGCGAUUCGUCCUUCCAGUCUCAUCAGAAGAUUAACAGGAGCAACCUCCUCUGUGAGACAUGUGAGGGUUCAGAGGAUGAAGGCAGGAGGCUGAAGAGGAGAGAGAAGAACAGAGUUGCAGCUCAGAAGAGUCGCAAGAGACAAACACAGAGAGCCGACCUGCUGCAUGAGGCCUGUGAGCUGUUGGAGCAGAGGAACCGAAAGCUGAGGAGAGAGGUGGAUUCUCUGUCUGAGGAGCAGCGCCUGCUGACUGAAGCUCUCAGAGCCCAUGAGCCCCUCUGUCCCAUCAUGCACUGCCUCUUCGCCUCCUCCACCUCACCCAACCUGCAGCCUGACAACAUGGCCGCCUGCUCCGUCUGAGACAAGGAGUAAUGUUUCUGUGACCACAGCAGCCUGUCGUCUACAGCUACGCUCUGUGUAAUGCACCAGUGAACCUCUAGAGGGCAGUGUUCACCAUGUUCAGAGUUAAAGCAGUAACUGCGGGCAGGUGUUUGCUGCUGCUGAACUCCGGUGGCAGCUUUAAUAAUCAGAGUGAAGAGAGCCCUCUGGUGGUUGAACUUUUACACAGCAGCUCAUGUUCAUAAUGUAAAUACAGUAAUAGAUUUCAUCACUGAUACAGAUGGUUUCGACUCUCCUCUUGGCUUGCAGGUGAAAAACGACAUGUAGUUCAAAAAGCUAAAUGUCAUUCUUGAUCUGGAGAAUGUAUUCAACCAUUAGCUCAUUUAUUAUUGGGUUUUUUUCUGCCACGAGUGACAGUUUCCACCAAUCUUUCCAAUUCAAUAAAUAAAUAAAAGUCAUACAGUUUGUGUGAUGUGUUGAUCUGAGGGGGAAAUUGUUUAACUACACAUUUUCAUCUUUCCUCAUGGAAAAAUACAACAGAAUGUCUCUGUACGGUCAAACCUGUCACCUGACAUACAGACUUUGUUAUAUAAACUGGUUUUAACCGAUUUGCUUCAUUCACACUAAAAAUAAAAAAUAAUAAUAUAAUAAUAAAAAUCAAUAAAUGGAAAUAUU